AUGCCCUGCGUCCAGGCUCAGUACGGGUCCUCGCCGCAAGGAGCCAGCCCGGCCACGCAGAGCUACGCGUACCACCACUCGGCGGCUGCCGGGGAGUACAGCUCGGACUUCUUAACGCCCGAGUUUGUCAAGUUUAGCAUGGACCUGACCAACACUGAAAUCACUGCCACCACUUCUCUCCCCAGCUUCAGUACCUUUAUGGACAACUACGGCGCCGCCGCCGCCGCCGCCGCGGGUUACGACGUCAAGCCGCCCUGCCUGUACCAAAUGCCGUCGCAGCCCCCGCCACCCCCGCCACCGGCGCCCUCCAUCAAGGUCGAGGAGCUGUCCCUGCACAGCCAUGGCUACCCGCCGCCGCCGCAGCCCCCCGCCGCCGGCGGGCCGCAGCCGCCUGACGAGCUGGCCGUCUACUACAAACCCUGCGCCUCGCCGCCCACCCCGGCCGCUGGUUUCGCGCCGGGUCAAAGUGUCUGGGACGAGGCCGGGCCGCUGCAUGGCUUCCAUCACCACCACCACCAUCACCACCAGGCCUACGGCGGGGCGGCAGGAGGAGCGGCUGGCGGCGGCGGCGGCGGCGGCGUGCACAAGGCGGCCCCGACGGCCGUGCCGCGUCUCUCGCUUUUCUCCUUCAAGCAAUCGCCGCCCGGCGCACCGGUGGGCAGCUGCCAGAUGCGCUUCGACGGGCCCCUGCACGCCCUGCCGCUCAACGGCGAGCCCUCGGGCCACGGGCCUGGCGCCCACCACCACCACCACCACCACCACCACCAUCACGACGGGCAGCCCUUCGCCCUGCCCAACCCUAUCCGCAAGCAGGCCACUGCCGCCGCCGUCGGGUUCCCCGGACUGCAGAUCGGGCAUGCCUCCCAACUCCUGGACGCCCAGGUGCCUUCGCCACCUUCACGGGGCUCGCCCUCCAACGAGGGUCUGUGCGCCGUCUGCGGGGACAACGCUGCUUGCCAGCACUACGGCGUGCGCACCUGCGAGGGCUGCAAAGGCUUCUUCAAGCGCACGGUCCAGAAAAACGCCAAGUACGUUUGCCUAGCGAAUAAGAACUGCCCAGUGGACAAACGCCGUCGGAAUCGGUGCCAGUACUGUCGUUUUCAGAAGUGCCUUGCUGUCGGCAUGGUCAAAGAAGUGGUUCGCACAGACAGCUUAAAAGGCCGAAGGGGUCGCUUGCCCUCGAAACCGAAGAGCCCCCAGGAGCCUUCUCCCCCUUCGCCCCCGGUGAGUCUGAUCAGUGCCCUGGUGAGAGCUCAUGUCGACUCCAACCCGGCUAUGACCAGCCUGGACUAUUCCAGGUUCCAGGCAAACCCAGAUUAUCAGAUGAGCGGUGAUGACACGCAGCACAUCCAGCAGUUUUAUGAUCUCUUGACUGGUUCCAUGGAUAUCAUCCGGGGCUGGGCAGAAAAGAUCCCCGGCUUCACUGAUCUUCCCAAACAAGACCAGGAUCUGCUGUUUGAAUCUGCCUUCCUGGAGCUUUUCGUCCUGCGGCUAGCCUACAGGUCGAACCCAGUGGAAGGGAAGCUAAUCUUUUGCAAUGGUGUGGUCCUGCACCGGCUGCAAUGUGUCCGCGGCUUCGGAGAAUGGAUCGACUCCAUUGUGGAGUUCUCUUCCAGCCUGCAGAACAUGAACGUCGAUAUCUCCGCCUUCUCCUGCAUCGCUGCCCUAGCCAUGGUGACAGAGAGGCACGGCCUGAAGGAGCCCAAACGGGUAGAAGAGCUGCAGAACAAGAUUGUCAAUUGCCUCAAGGACCACGUGACUUUCAACAAUGGCGGCCUGAACCGGCCAAAUUACUUGUCUAAACUCCUGGGCAAGCUCCCGGAACUGCGCACGCUCUGCACGCAAGGCCUGCAGCGUAUUUUCUACCUGAAACUGGAAGAUUUGGUGCCACCACCAGCAAUAAUUGACAAACUUUUCUUGGACACUUUACCUUUUUAAAAAAAAAAGAACAGAAAGAGAGAGAGAGAGAAAGUGUAGGGGGGAAGAUCUAGAAGGAAAGACUAUGCUGCUGUGCUUUCAGAGUGAAGAACUUUCAAAGCCUCGAAGGGAGGGGGGAUGCAAGCAAGCAAGCAAGCAAGCAGAUCGAGGGCCCAGGAGAAAAGCAAGAGCCCCCCUGAUCAGGAAGGAGCACCUCUGGCUGUCGCAUGCUCCCAUCCCUCCAAUCUGUGGCUUAGCCUGUCCUGCAGAACAGUGACUGGAAACUGGGGGCUCUCUGGCCAUGCUGAAUUCCGUUCCUUGGACUACACACAGAUUCCCAUGGUACAAGCUUUUUAUUCUUGCCUAAACAAACAAACAAACAAACAAGUCUCUUUCACUCCUAUCUAUCCCUUUUCCCCAAAGCAAAAAAAA